UCGUGAGAACCGGAAGUAAAGGGUAUUGACAACCUGGGAAGAACCUUCCCGACUGUUCUGUGUUAUCUUGUCCUGUGGUAGUUGAGUAAAAUUUGACUUAUAGUUAGUACCAGGUUUAUUACUGUGUGCUGUAGGUUUUUUCGGGGGAAGUGCUAGUUUGCACUGUUUAAUCUAAAAAUGGUGGAUUACAGUAUCUGGGAUCAUAUCGAAGUAUCGGAUGAUGAGGACGAGACACAUCCAAACAUUGAUACAGCAAGCCUGUUUCGUUGGCGACAUAGGGCUCGACUUGAAAGAAUGGAGGAGUUUCAGAAGGAGAAAGAAGAUUAUGAGAAAGCACAUGGGGAGUCGAGGAGGAAACAGACAGAGUGCCUAAAGAAAAUCAAGGAGCUGGAGGCUUCAGGAGCAGCAGCAGAAAUAAGCAGUGAGCUUCUGAAGCUACGUGCAGAACUCCAGCAACUGAAAACUGAAGACAAAAACUUAGAGAAGAAAGGGGUGGAGCUCCGUUUAAAAGAGAAGAAAAUGCCUUGGAAUGUAGAUACACUAAGUAAAGAUGGGUUUAGUAAGAGUGUAGUCAAUGUCAAGGUAGAAAAAAAGGAGGAAACUGAGGAAGAGAAAGAACACAAACAUAAGACAUUUGUAGAAAAAUAUGAAAACCAGAUCAAGCAUUUUGGUAUGUUGCGACGUUGGGAUGACAGCCAAAAAUACUUGUCUGAUAACCCAGACUUGGUGUGCGAGGAGACUGCCAACUACUUGGUCAUCUGGUGCAUUGAUCUGGAAGUGGAGGAGAAACAUGCUCUAAUGGAACAAGUUGCUCAUCAGACAAUAGUGAUGCAGUUCAUUUUGGAGUUGGCAAAAAGCCUCAAGGUGGACCCAAGAGCAUGUUUCCGGCAGUUCUUCACUAAAAUCAAGACUGCAGAUCAACAGUACCAAGAGGCAUUUAAUGAUGAACUUGAAGCAUUCAAAGAAAGGGUAAGGGGUCGUGCAAAAAUCCGAAUAGAGAAGGCCUUGAAAGAGUAUGAGGAAGAGGAACGCAAGAAACGCAUUGGACCUGGAGGUCUUGAUCCUGUCGAAGUAUACGAGUCCCUCCCACUUGAAUUGCAAAAAUGUUUUGAUACAAAAGAUAUUCAAAUGCUACAAGAUACUAUAAGCAAAAUGGAUCCAACAGAAGCGAAGUGCCAUAUGCAGCGCUGUAUUGAUUCUGGGCUGUGGGUCCCAAAUAAGAAAACAGACGGAGACAGAGGCGAAGAAGAGGGAGAGCCAGAGUAUGAAGAGAUAAAGAAGGAAGAUGGUACAGAAAAGUAAAUGCAUUUUUCCAGUUUUCCCCAGAGUUUGCAAGAUGGAAGACAAUGCUGAAAAAUAGAUGUGUUCUACCAGUUUUCACCCGAGCUUGCAAGAUUCCAGAAAUGGCUUCACUUUGUAAUUGUUACACAAUGUUAUAUUUUUCUUGCAGCAGUAGAAGCAAAAUAAAUAAAAGCAUGGAAAUAUUUCCUGGUAAGACUAGAUGGACUGUUGAAUCCUUACAGGAUGAACUUGCCCAGAGUAAGGAAGUGGAAAUUGGGUAUUUGCAGUGUCACUACGGUUUCAGAGGUGAGACUAUCCUUCCUUACGCCCAGUGCUGUAAAGCCUUAAGAAGGUUUUUGGUCAUCAGUUUAAAAUGCUUCUAUUUAAAAGAAUUAAAUGACUUUGAGCUUAAUUUUCUUUUUAAUUUUUGUAAUGCAGUGUUUGUAGCUGUAUUACUUAUAGUCACAAUUCCUUUGUAUACUAUUUUGGUCCUACUUCUACAAAUUCUAAUUAUUAUCUGACAUAUUGUAUUAAAGUUGGGCAAGUCUCUGA